CUGUGAUAAUAAAAUUAGAAUUAUUUAUAAUAUAAUAUUUUAAAAUGACAAUUUCUUAUGCAUUUCGUUUAAUAAAUGCGCUUAAAAAUACAAAAAAAUCGAGUGUAUUUCAAAUUGAGUUACAGAAAUAUUCAUCACAUGUCAAAUAUGCAGAACACAAACCAUUGGAAAAGAUUCGAAAUAUUGGUAUAUCAGCUCACAUAGACUCUGGAAAGACAACACUCACUGAACGUAUUUUGUUCUAUACUGGACGAAUAGACCAAAUGCACGAGGUUAAAGGUAAAGACAAUGUUGGUGCUGUUAUGGACUCAAUGGAAUUGGAACGUCAAAGAGGAAUUACAAUACAGUCUGCUGCAACAUACACUAUUUGGAAGGAACAUAACAUUAACAUUAUUGAUACUCCAGGACAUGUAGAUUUCACAGUUGAAGUAGAAAGAGCAUUAAGAGUUUUAGAUGGGGCGAUAUUGGUGUUGUGUUCUGUAGGUGGUGUUCAGAGCCAAACUUUAACAGUCAACAGACAAAUGAAACGGUAUAAUGUACCAUGUCUUGCAUUUAUCAAUAAACUGGACAGAUUAGGAGCUAAUCCAGAAAGAGUACUCAAACAAAUGCGUUCAAAAUUAAAACAUAAUGCUGCAUUUAUACAUCUACCAAUUGGCUUAGAAAAAGAGUGUCAAGGAAUUUUGGACCUUGUUGAGGAGAAAGCUAUAUAUUUUGAUGGUGAAUAUGGCGAGCAGGUGCGGCUCGAUGAGAUUCCACAAGAUCGUAGAACUGAAGUUAAGGAAAGGAGACAUGAAUUGAUUGAACAUCUUUCAAAUGUAGAUGAAACAUUGGGAGAGUUAUUCCUAGAAGAGAAAACUCCGACAGUCAAUGAUCUCAAGCAAGCAUUACGGCGUUCCACAUUAAAACGAGCAUUCACUCCAGUGCUUUUGGGUACAGCUCUAAAGAAUAAGGGAAUUCAACCCUUACUGGAUGCUGUGCUCACAUAUCUACCGCAUCCAGGAGAAGUAGAAAACACUGCCUUGUUAAAUGAAAGCAAAGAUGGUGAAGGCCAAACCAUAGUGUUGGAUCCGACUAGGGAUAAUAAGAAACCAUUUGUUGGUUUGGCAUUCAAGUUGGAAGUGAGCAAAUUUGGUCAACUCACAUACUUGAGGUGUUAUCAAGGGAUGUUGAAGAGAGGUGACCAUAUAUUCAAUGCCAGGACUUACAAAAAGGUAAAAAUAUCACGCUUAGUCCGCAUGCACUCGAACAACAUGGAAGAGGUUAACGAGGUCCUGGCCGGUGAUAUAUUCGCGCUGUUCGGUGUGGACUGCGCUUCGGGAGACACAUUCGUGAACGAUGCCAAACUGCAGCUCGCAAUGGAGUCCAUACAUGUUCCUGACCCAGUCGUGUCCAUGUCCAUCAAACCGAAGCAAAAUAAAGACAGAGAUAACUUUUCUAAGGCUGUUGCUAGAUUCACAAAAGAAGAUCCCACUUUCCAAUUUCAUUACGACUCCGACAAUAAGGAAACUAUAGUGUCCGGUAUGGGCGAACUUCAUCUUGAGAUCUAUGCUCAAAGAAUGGAGAGAGAAUAUAACUGUCCGGUCGAACUUGGGAAACCCAAGGUUGCUUUCAGGGAGACGCUGAUUUCGCCUUGCGCUUUCGAUUAUUUACACAAGAAACAGUCGGGCGGGGCUGGCCAGUACGCACGAGUCAGCGGCAUCAUAGAACCUCUACCUCCUCACCAAAACACAGUACUCGAAUUCGUUGAUGAAACUGUGGGUACGAACAUUCCCAAGCAGUUUGUGCCGGGUGUUGAAAGAGGUUUCCUGGAUACAUGCGAAAAGGGAUACCUGUCUGGGCACAAGGUCUCCGGUGUGAAGUUCAGGCUUCAGGACGGAGCCCACCACAUUGUGGACUCCAGUGAGCUGGCAUUCUUCUUGGCAGCUAAGGGGGCCGUCAAGGAUGUUUUCGACGUGGGAGCGUGGCAGAUACUCGAACCGGUCAUGUUCGUUGAAGUAACGUUGCCGGACGAGUUCCACGGCACGGUGGUCGGGCAGCUGAACAAACGCGGCGGCAUCAUCACCGGGACCGAGGGGGCCGAGGGCUGGACCUCCAUCUACGCCGAGGUUCCUCUCAACAACAUGUUCGGAUACGCCGGAGAACUGAGGUCAAUGACUCAAGGUAAAGGAGAGUUCAGUAUGGAGUACAGCCGGUACUCGCCUUGUCUACCGGACGUGCAGGAGCAACUGAUCAGGAAGCACCAAGAGGAAAUGGGGCUGCUACCAGACCAGAAGAAAAAGAAAAAUUAACGCCCGUAGAAAAAUGAUUUUGUAAAUUAUUAUUAUUAUAUUAAGAUUUAUUUAUAACAAGAACUACCUA